GGCGGCUGGAGCGGCGGUAGCGGCGAGAGGCCAGGCUUGCGGUGGGGUAGCGGGCUGAGAUCGCGGCCCGGCCUGACGCGGGGUUCGGCGCAGUGGGCCGAGGAGGAGACGCGGCAGCCGCCCUGGCCCGUCAUGGAGAUGGAAAAGGAGUUCGAGCAGAUCGACAAGUCUGGUAGCUGGGCGGCCAUUUACCAGGAUAUCCGACAUGAAGCCAGUGACUUCCCAUGUAAAGUGGCCAAGCUUCCUAAAAACAAAAACCGAAACAGGUACAGAGAUGUCAGUCCCUUUGACCACAGUCGGAUUAAGCUGCACCACGAAGAUAACGACUAUAUCAAUGCUAGCUUGAUCAGGAUGGAGGAAGCCCAGCGGAGUUACAUUCUCACCCAGGGCCCUCUGCCAAACACGUGCGGGCACUUUUGGGAGAUGGUGUGGGAGCAGAAGAGCAGGGGCGUGGUCAUGCUCAACAGAGUGAUGGAGAAGGGCUCGUUAAAAUGUGCACAGUACUGGCCACAGAGGGAAGAAAAAGAAAUGAUCUUUGAAGACACAAACUUGAAGUUAACCUUGAUCUCGGAAGAUAUUAAGUCCUAUUACACAGUACGGCAACUAGAAUUGGAGAACAUCACAUCUCAAGAAACUCGAGAGAUUUUACAUUUCCACUAUACCACGUGGCCUGAUUUUGGGGUCCCUGAAUCACCAGCCUCGUUCCUGAACUUCCUUUUCAAAGUUCGAGAGUCAGGCUCCCUGAGCCAAGAGCACGGCCCCAUCGUGGUGCACUGCAGUGCCGGCAUCGGCCGCUCAGGGACCUUCUGCCUCGCUGACACAUGCCUGCUGCUGAUGGACAAGAGGAAAGACCCUUCUUCCGUGGAUAUUAAGAAAGUGCUGUUAGAAAUGAGGAAGUUCCGAAUGGGGCUGAUCCAGACUGCGGAUCAGCUCCGCUUCUCCUACUUGGCUGUGAUCGAAGGUGCCAAAUUCAUCAUGGGAGACUCCUCGGUUCAGGAGCAGUGGAAGGAGCUCUCCCACGAGGACCUGGACCCCCCACCGGAGCACGUCCCCCCCCCACCUCGGCCCCCCAAACGCAUCCUGGAGCCAUACAAUGGGAAAUGCAAGGAGUUCUUCGCCAACCACCAGUGGGUGAAGGAGGAAGCAGGGGACAGUCACAGAGAAGCGCCCAUCGAAACCAAAAUCAGAGCCCCCUUAACUGUCUCCCGUAGCACGGAAAGCUCCAGUCAAGACACUGAAGUCAGAAGGCGGAUUGUGAGGGAGAGUCUGAGCAGCACCCCAGUCACCGUCCCCACCAAGGGGGAGUCCCCAGCACCCGAGGAGGAGGAAGAGCGGGCGCUAACUCACUGGAAGCCCUUUCUGGUCAACAUGUGCAUGGUGACGGUCCUCACAGCCGGAGCGUACCUCUGCUAUAGGUUCCUGUUCAGCAGCAACACAUAAUCUGACCCUCCUCUCCACCCACUGUCCGUCCACCUCGCUCGUAGCGCCCGACCCGGCUAGCCAGGUGCCACGGUAGGUGAGGGCCGCCGGGACCGACGGACGCGCGCUCUGCACUAGCCUGGCCCUGGCCAAGCUCCUGGUCCUCCCUGGCCCCGCCUUGAGUACCAGACGCAUGAGGCGAGCAGACCCUGCGGAGACCUGGGGUGGCCUGCCUCUGUGCCUGGUGGCAGGUGCACACGCCCCCACACAGCCCUGACAGGCACACGCCACUGCCUCCGAGCCCUUCGUGGGAGUCCGUAGUGAGCCCCACUCCGUAUUUAUUUUUUUUAUUUUCUCAAAGGUGUCCAAGGGGCACAAGCAUUUUCUUAAACCGAUAAUGUAUUAAACAAUUUUGAUGUCAGCCGUGCAUCAAGGGCUUUAUCAAAAAGUACAAUAACAAACCCUCAGGUUGUACUGGGCAUGGUGGCACCCUGGGGCCCAUGGCACCGCGCCAGUCGUGGAAAGGAGGCCUGCUGUGGGCGGUCGGGGUGGCGCGGGCACCGAGAGGCCCGCUUCGCCUUGUGUCCCUAGAGCAGUCGACUGGAGAGUGACACUUGAGUCUUUGAGCUCGCACUGCACCAGCCCUGCCCUGCGCUCUGCUAGCACCACACCCAGUCGCCGGUCCCCCCGGACUAGAAUGCAUGCAUGGCCCCUGUGUCCUGAGGAGGACACUAGCCGACAGCUCGCUCCGCCCCUGCUGUGCCCCAGGUGCAAGGCCAGCGUCCCCCCGUGACUGGUUCCUAAGGCCGUUGCCGAAACAGUUGUCGUUCAGCAAUUGAGGGAUGCUUUCCAGUAACAAAUACUUGCCGAACUCCGGGCACGACACUCUAGUGACUUCCUGGUGCCACCCAGCCCACCCUGGACCAGCUGGGUCCCACUGUAACUCAGACAUUCCAAGCGGACAGGAAGCCAUAUGCACACCUCCCGCUCGGGACCUUGAGGCAAGCAGGGCCACCCCCACUCUUCCCAGGUCACACUCCUCCGGUGCAGACCACACGGGGAGCCAAGCAGCUGUGGGAGCUGCCUGCAGCCGGGAUGGGAGCACCGCGUCCGCCCUGCCCUCGAGCCCUGUGGGGACUGACGGUGCUCCCACCCUCCUCGGAGGGCACUUAGGACCCCACACGUCCCUCCACAUUAAGUGGCUUUUUAACAAGAAACCAACAACAAGGCAGCUGUAGCCCCGAGCUGCUCUCUGGCCAGCAUUUUCACAUUUUGCCUUUCACGUGUUAGAAGCCAAUGCAGACACAUUCUGUGGGGGACCCUUGGUGGCGCCGCCCACAAACCCCAGGGGUGUGGGCAGGCCGUUUGUUUUCCUCCAGCCCUCUGCAUGUACCGGGUUGGGUGUGUAUAUAAUAGCAUUUCAGGUGGACGCGGGUUCCCUCCCCUGUGGGGACGGCGGAGGCUGCCUCUGGGCCGCGCGGUCGCGAGUUAGCCCACUGCUCUGCUGUAUGCCUUAAGCCAGUAUUUACUCAUCCCACCAUUGUCUCUUCACAAUGGCCGUAGAAUCAACCAUUUUUUACCAAAAAAGGAGAAAAGCGAAAACAAACCCAGGUGUUUGGGGUCUAAUACCUUUCCAGGUGUGUGUACACGUGGCUGCAUGAAGGGGCGGGGUGUCUCAGGGUCUUCUGUGACCACACAGAACUGUCCAGUGUACAGUUGUCAACUGGCCAUAUCAAUGAGGGGUUGGCAUUUUAGUUGCAACAAUAAACUUUUUUUCUAAAGAAACGGA